AUGCUUGUUGUUCCGAAGUGGACUAUUGACAACUGGAUGAAGGCAUUCACCAGUAUUUGCUCUAGCUUACGUGUUGUGAAGUUCCUGAGGGAUAAAAAAGAGCGGAAAGCUAUAUGGGACUCACCGCAGGCGCAUGAUUUUGAUGUGUGUGUGACUAGUUAUGAGACGACAAAUAUAGAAAAGAGAAAGUUAAAGGGUAUCCACUGUGGCUACAUUAUUAUUGAUGAAGCUGAAAAUUUAAAAAAUGAACAUUCUGAUUUAUCAGAACUCAUGAGAACUUACAAAAAUCUUUACGUCUACGUCUUCAGAGACCUUCGAUAUGUGGUCUCAAAUUUUGGUUGCCCUUAUAAAAAAUCGGAUUCGUAUUCCGCCUUCAAAGAUUGUUUACAACAUUCUGGUUCCGAUUCGGAUUUAGAAUCCGAUACCUUGGAUCAGCAGGAGGUGGUGGUGGAGGUUCACAAGGUUGUUCACCGAUUUCUUCUUCGGAGGCUCAAUUCUAAUGAAGAAACAAGUUUCCCUGCAAAGAAGGAAACCAUACUUAAAGUUGGAAUGUCUUCGAAGCAAACACAGCUAUAUUGUAGUGGUGUGUUUGUAAACGGCAACAACAUGACCAUGAAGAUGCGCAAGGUCAGCAACCAUCCAAAUUUGAGCAAAGAUGCUAAACCUGUCGGCCCGACCUACCAAACUUUAGAAGAUCUAAUUGAGAAUUCAGGAAAAAUGGUUCUACUAGAUAAGUUGCUGCAUAAGUUAAAAGAGCGUGGUUCCAAAGUCUUUAUUUUUUCAACGAUGCCUACGCUUUUAAAAAUCUUGGAAGAGUAUCUUAAUUACAGAGAAUAUAAUUAUUGUAAAAUAUAUGGAGGUACACGCCUAGAAGAUCGUGAUGAAGUCAUUGAAGCCUUCAACAAGGAAGACAAGUUUGUUUUCUUACUUUCAACUGGGGCAUGUGGCGGUGGUAUCAACUUGCCCAUUGCUGAUGUUGUAAUAUUUUACGACAGCGAUUGGUAUGCACUUUAUUAUGCUAAACAUGAUUUUGUUGCUCACCCUAGGAAUCGAAUCUUAAUUCUUUGGUACUUUUGUGCCUUCAGGAAUCCACAUCUUUGAUCUGCAAGCUCUAGACCGUGUUACUGGAAUAGCACACCGUCGAGGAAAAAGUGUUUCAGGAAGGGUAUAAAAAGCUAGCAUUGUAUCUUUUAAUUUUUGGCUGUCAAUAAGGAUGACCUUCCAAAAAUGACAUUGUUGGGUGCUGGAAAGGUUUUCAGUUUUGCCGACAGAGCAGUAACGGAUAAGGAUAUUGAAGAUAUUCUAGAUAAAAGAGAGAAGACAACAACACAACCUAAAGCAAAAAUACAAAAUCACUAAGGAUAGCAUUAAAUUUAGUUGGAACAAGCAUAAUUGUUAUUGGGAUGAACAUCGCAGCAUGUCAAAGAAGAUCAACGGGAUCCUGUGAUGCCCGAGGAGACGGAAUGGAAGGGACGUAGCCCAUGUAGUUAUUCAGUUGACUACAUGGAUACUGGUACUGAAGCUCGAAGAGAAGAUGAAAUACAGAAUGAGGAACAAGAACCUGGCUUCGGUGAUUUAGUUGGAGUGAUAGCCAAUAGAACAUCAGUCCCAACCUAUGAGAGUUGUAUGCCAGGGAAAGGAGAACCACCAUUUUCUAGCUAUGGAAAGAGGAAGGCGGCUCUGGAUGUGCCGUCUGCGCCACCCACCAAGCGGACGGGGACCUCCUCUACCGAGGGUGCUGGGAGCCCGACGGUUUCUGCUCCCGUACUCGCUCGUGCCCCUGCCACCGACAGGAGUAUAUGCAUGUGGACCAUGACUUGAUUCAAACUGCUUCCUCCAUUUUCUGUUCUGCAUAUAGUUUUGGCAGCAUAUGGACAUGUUUUUGGAGCUGUGGUGUCGAAUCUACUUGCAACUUACACCAGUAUACUUAGUCUUAAGGUGGUCAUAUGGAACUUCAAGAGAACACAAGCAUGCCCAGCAGAUUGCCUUUGUGAUGAAUCCCCAAACUGGAAAAGUCAAACUAUCCCUAUGACGUCUCUUGAAGAAAUAGAAAUAGAUGGGUUUGAGGGAACUGGCCAUGAAGUUGAUUUCUUGAAACUUCUGUUCAGAUGUGCGACUCGGAUGAAAAGAAUGACCGUGAGGAUAUCCCAUAAGCUUUUUCCAAGUGACAGAGGAUACAAGGAAAUGCUCAACAUUUUCGAGGCGAAUGCAUCCGUGAAAUGCUAUGUUUAUCGCAGAUCUGGAUGGUAUUAAGUAGGUAGCUCUGGAUGGUAUUAAGCAGGUUAUUUAUGGGUGGCUACCAUAUGAUUCUAGUUGUAACAAGAGAUGACAUACCUGGUCUCCAUCUUAUUAAAAGUUUUGCUACCGUCCUGUUUUCCUGAGCUAGUCUUGGUGUUUCGCUGAA